UGACAGUUUGCGGUCAUGUGACCUCUGUGAUUCUAUAUUGUCGCCAGCUGAGACUUCAGUUGCUCAGAAGAACCAGGUAGAACCCAGAGGAACCAGGCGGAACCCAGAGGAACCAGGUAGAACCCAGAAGAACUAGGUAGAACCCAGAGGAACCAGGUAGAACCCAGAAGAACCCAGAGGAACCCAGAGGAACCAGAUGAAGAUGCAGUGGGUGGUGUUGAUCUACUUCCUGUGGUCUCUGCUGGGCGGCGACGCGGCGCCGGCAGGAGAUGAGGUGACCUUCCUGCCUGGUCUGCAGAAGCAGCCGAGCUUCAGACAUUACUCUGGUUACCUGAGCGUGGCCGACGGAAAGCACCUGCACUACUGGUGGGUGGAGUCCCAGAACGAGCCGACCUCUGACCCGGUGGUGCUGUGGUUGAACGGCGGCCCCGGCUGCAGCUCUCUGGACGGACUGCUGACCGAGCACGGCCCCUUCCUGAUCCAGGAUGAUGGAGUGACUUUGCAGUACAACCCUUAUUCCUGGAACAAGCUAGCCAACGUGUUGUACCUGGAGUCUCCAGCAGGAGUUGGUUUCUCGUACUCUGAUGAUAAGAAUUACGUGACGAACGACACGGAGGUGUCGAUGAACAACUUCCUGGCUCUGAGGGAAUUCUUCCGCUUGUUCCCAGAGUUCAGCAAGAACGACCUCUUUCUGACCGGAGAGAGUUACGGAGGAAUCUACAUCCCGACGCUGGCGGAGCGAGUGAUGGAGGACGCCACGCUCAACCUGCAGGGCGUUGCCGUGGGAAACGGUAUGUCGAGUUACGAGAUGAACGAUAACUCUCUGGUGUUCUUCGCCUACUACCACGGCCUCUUGGGCAGCGGGCUGUGGCGCCGGCUGCAGACGUUUUGCUGCAGCGACGCCACGUGCAACUUCUACAACAAUCAGGACCAGAACUGCUCUGCCAGCGUGUCGGAGGUUCAGGAGGUCGUCUACAGUUCAGGUCUGAACAUGUACAACCUGUACUCGUCAUGUCCAGGUGGAGUCGGACACAGGGUCAGUGUGGAGCGAGGCGACCUGGUGAUCCGGGAUCUGGGGAACUCGUUCACCAAUCACCAGUGGACUCAGCUGUGGAACCAGAAGCUUCGAGUUCUGGCAUCUCGCCACCUGUCCGUCCGCCUGGACCCCCCCUGCACAAACUCCACCCCCUCCUCCCUCUACCUGAACAGUCCGUACGUCAGAGCCGCGCUGCACAUCCCCCCCGAGCUGCCGGCCUGGGUCAUCUGCAGUGCGGAGGUGAACCUGAACUAUGGUCGUCUGUGUCUGGACGUGAGGAAACAGUAUCUGAAGCUUCUCUCUGCUCUGAAGUACCGGGUCCUGGUGUAUAACGGAGACGUGGACAUGGCGUGUAACUUCAUGGGAGACGAGUGGUUCGUUGAGUCUCUGCAGCAGCAGGUAACUUCCUGUUUGACUUCAUAAUCAAUAACCACGUUAGGGGGGGUGUGGCCUCACCCUGUGGUAGAAAACCACCGGGAGACGUGUUCCGUCUGUUUUAACAAACGGACCCGUUGGAGCCCGACUCAGGUGUGUUGAUGUCUCAGGUGUGUUGAUGUCUCGGGUGUGUUGAUGUCUCAGGUGUGUUGAUGUCUCGGGUGUGUUGAUGUCUCGGGUGUGUUGAUGUCUCGGGU